AUGAUUGCUGUAUUGUUUUCUACGAUCCUUGCUGUCCCCUUGGCCAAAACAGAUACUUGGCCAAAGGAUAUGAAUAUCCUUGCCCUGGAGGUCUAUUUCCCCACCCAUUAUAUGGACCAGACAGACCUGGAGAAUUAUAACAAUGUGGAAGCAGGGAGGUACGCGGUGGGCUUGGGCCAAACCCAUAUGGGCUUCUGCUCUAUCCAGAAGGACCUCAACUCCCUGUGCCUGACGGUGGUGCAGCAGCUAAUGGAGUGCAUGCAGUUCCCAUGGAACUCUGAGGGUUGGCUGGAAGUGGGCACAGAGACAGUCAUUGACAAGUCCAAGGCUGUCAAAACAGUGCCCAUGGAGCUCUUCCAGGAUUCAGGGAAUACUGACAUUGAGGGCAUAGAUACCAUCAAUGCCUGCUAUGGUGGCACUGCCUCCCUCUUCAAUGCUGCCAACUGGGUGGAGUCUAGCUCCUGGGAUGGUGGCUAUGCAGUGAUGGUCUGCAGAGACAUUGCAGUCUAUCCCAGUAUAGUGAGUGGUGAUAAUGCUCACCCCACAGGUGGGGCCAGAGCUGUGACUGUGCUGGUUGGGCCCAAGGCCCCUCUGACCCUUGAAAGAGGUCUAGGAACCCACGCGAAGAACAUAUAUGACUUCUACAAACCAGAUACAGCUACAGAGUACCCAGCGGAUGGGAAGCUCUCCAUCCAGUGCUACCUAUGGGCCUUGAACAGGUGUUAUGCAUAAUACCAUAAAAAAUUCCAGAGCCAGUGGAAGCAAGGUACAGGGCUCAGAGGCACACUCGAUGACUUACAGUUUAUGAUCUUUCACACACCCUUCUGCAAGAUGGUCCAGAAAUCCCUGGCUCGCCUGAUGUUCAAUGACUUCCUGUCAGCCAGCAGUGACACACAGUACAGGAUGUCAACUUUGGAGCCAUCCAAAGAUGGCUUGGGAGCAUCAGGCCUCUACAACAAGGACAUGGAUAAAGCACUUCAAAAGGCCUCCCUGGACAUGUUCAACAAGAAAACCAAGGCCUCCCUUUACCUCUCCAUGCAUUAUAGGAAUAUGUACACCUCAUCCCUGUACGGGUGCCUGGCCUCCCUUCUGCACUCUGCCCAGGACUUGGCUGGCUCCAGGAUUGGGGCCUUCCCUUACAGUUGUGGCUUGGCAGCAAGUUUUUUUUUUUUUUUUGAAUUUCUCACCACCUGGGGACAUGAGCAGUCUUUUCCCAGGCGCAUGGUACCUGGAGCAGGUGGAUAUGCUAUAUCGAUUCUACAGAUGGUGGUGCCUGGGGAAUCUACACUAGCAGACUUUCUGCCCAUGGAUCAUGUUUUUAAAAGCACACUCUUAGAUGGAAACGGAUUGGAUUGGACACAGUUGUCCCCAGAAGCAGCGGCCCUGGAGGGACCUUCCAUAUCACCCAGUGCUGGGGCCGGGCCGGCCUCCACUCAGGAGUCAUUUGGCCACAACGCGGGAGUGAUGGUGAAGAGAUUCAACAACGGGGUAUCAGGUUGCCGGCCAGUUGAAGGGACGCCGCCGGGACCCCUGCACAGAGGCUCAUUAUCAGCCCUGGUCCAACUGCAGGCGCUCAGGAUGCCGGGGCUCGGGGCUCGCUGCCCCCACUGCACAGAGAGCGGCUCCGGGCCCCACCCCCACGUCUCCUCCACCACCUUUGGUCUCGAGCCCUCGCGCUCCCCUCUAUGUAAGCUGGCGGGUAAAGACUUUCCCUGUGUAGGCCGAAGAUUGCCCUGGCUGACUAGGAGCAGGAAAGAGGAUGAAGGAGUCACUGGACAGGGCGCUAGGCCGCGUGACACCCGGGCCCAGCAAGGCCGCAUCACCUGGGGGGAAACAAGGGCUGUGAGGAAUGGCCGGGCCCCCGCUGCCACUGCUGAGCCGGGCGCACGGAAUGACGCUGCGCUGGAAGCGGGGUGCAGAGGAGAUGCCACAAACCAAGAGCAAUACCGAGGAAACAGCACCUCUGUGGGGCGCCAGCUGGAUUGUAAAAUCUUGACGCUUUUGACCCGGGGGUUACGUGGACAGCCCCGGGACAGGGGGUGCCAGGAAGUCGUCCCAGCCGUCACAUGCCACCCGGGCUAG